GUCUCAGUAAUAGACUAGUUCAAAUCUUCAAACAUUGUUUCGUCAGGAACGGAUUAGAAGUAAAAAUAAAAUUGUAACCUGAAAAGCAUUUAUCUUAAAAAAUGGCUGCCAACAAUUAUAAAAAAGUAACGCAUUGUAUUUUUGAUAUGGAUGGUUUAUUGUUAGAUACAGAGACUUUGUACUCCCAAGCUUUCAAUCAAAUUUCUCAAAAGUAUGGUAAAGAUUAUACUUGGGAACAUAAAAUUAAAAUAAUGGGAUUUAAGAGCAGCGAAGCAGCUAAAACUAUUGUUGAGAUGUUAGAGUUGCCGAUAAGUGGACCAGAAUUUGAAAAACAGCUUGCCGAUAUAUAUGUGGAAAUUUUUCCAAAGUGUAAUUUAAUGCCAGGUGCAGAGCGCCUUUUAAAACAUCUGAAAAACAAUAAUGUUCCAAUUGCACUUGCGACAAGUUCUAGUAAAACAACCGGUGAUAUAAAAACUCAAAGAUGGGAGCACAUUUUUGAUCUGUUUCAUCAUAGAGUUUAUGGUGGUACGGAUCCAGAAGUUAAAAAAGGAAAACCAAAUCCAGAUAUAUUUUUAAUAGCUGCUCAACGAUUUCCCGAUAAGCCUGAACCUUCAAAGUGCCUAGUAUUUGAAGAUUCUCCUAAUGGAGUAGAAGCUGCCGUAGCUGCAGGAAUGCAAGUUAUAAUGGUGCCAGAUCCUAUGUUAGAUGAAAAAUAUUUUAAAGGUGCAACUAUUGUAUUAAAAAGCCUUGAAGAUUUUCGUCCAGAAUUAUUUGGUUUACCGCCAUAUUAACUAGAACCAAAUUUCAGUAGACAUGAAUUCUUCUGAGCCUAAUUCUUAUUCGAUUUUAAUGAACGAGGAUUUAUUGAAAAAGGUAAAAACUUAUUACACGAGAUCACAAAAUUUUCAAUAUAAAAAAAAAAUACAGAUUAAUGUUCUAUAAAAAUAGUUUGAAAAUUAGUGGAAAAGAAAAAGUAUCAUCUCGUGAAGUUUUAUGAAACCUUAUUCAUAAAAAUCGAUCAAUAAUUAUCUUUAGGAGAAUUAGAUAAUUAUAUCGUAAACUGUUGCGAUGUUGCUAUAUGGAUUUAUCAUGUGGUUAUGCUUGUGUCGUUAUGUUACGGCCAUUUGAAAAAAAAAAAAAAAAAUCAUAUCCAAUAAUCGGUAAAUAUUUUAA